AAAAACUCAAAUUUUACUUACUCUUUUAUUUCCUUUUGUUCACAAUAAUUUAUUAUAGCAUUCAGUGUUCUACUUUACCUAUUCCCUCCAAUAUAUUUUCUAAGUAAUUAAUGAUUUGAUUUAAAAAUGACGGAAAAAUGCAUAUUUAUUGCUCAAAAAGAUGAUGAGGACUCUGACUCCCUAUCUUCAUUAUGUUUCCAAAUCAGCCCGGAUGUGCAGCUAAAAGAAGUUCCCACGAAUGGAGAAGAAUAUCUACUAAAAGUGAUGAAAGAGCGAAAAAAAUAUAAAACGGUAACGACGUGUGAGAAAGACUACACAAAGUUUGCCAAAAAUCAAUCUUGUUUUGUUCAUGAGCUAUCACACGCAAAGGCCCCUGUCAAACUAAAACCCACCAUAGAAUGGCAAAAUAUUCAAGUUGCAGAUUUCUCUGAUGUCCGAAUGUAUAUUUCAAGGCUCUUGGCAAAAAAAUCUUCAUGGCCAAGUACUUUGACUAAAGCAGAAAUAGAAACUAACAGUAUAAACAGCUGGAAGAGCUUAUUUGCGGAAACGGAACCAACAUUGAGUUGUGUACUUGGUUUGAAGCAGAAAUUAUUAGAUAGAGGUCUAGAAAUGCUUAUUCAGUUGUUGGAUGAAGUCAAAAAGGGUGACACAAUAGACCACAAAACAGGGCAAUGGAUAUAUGCCUUUUUGGCAUGUACUCGACAGCCACUGGUUUCUGACACAGUCAGCAUUUUAAGAGAUUUAGCCAGAAAAUGUGCAGAAAUAAGGUCUCACAUUAACCCUGAAGAAGAAAAUGCAACUGUGUCUGCUGCACCGUUAAAUAUUUUUAUAUGCAUUGUAGCUAGGUACUUUAGACAAUAUGAUUUGGCUGAUUGAUUAACUUUUAAAAUUUACUUUAAGCAAUAUGAAAUAGCUGAUUGAUUAAAUAAAUUAAGAAAUUUUGUACAAUAAAAAUAUUUUACAUACAAA